AUGCCCGAGGAAACCAAUAACGCAGUUGAACUACUGGGAACCAUAGAAACCACCAUCAAUACAAUCACAAACAACCUUAAAGCCAACAGACUCGACAGGAGGAGCUUCCGAAAAUAUCUUGGUGAUUACGCUGAACGCACUGCCUCCGAUGGACGACUCAUCAAUGCUUCAAGGCAAAACUCUCAAUGUGCCAACCGUGGCUUGCUUCUGGCCUACGCUCAUAUGGAGUUGAUAUGUUGGCUGGCGAAAAGCAACUAUACCAUUUCAUCAACGUCCGUCAAAUGGUAUAGCUGGAGGAAGCUGUUCGCGAAAUACCGUCUGCCCUUGCUUGCGGUUACCUCGCAAACGUCCCAUUUGACAAACCACUUGCAGAAUAUCGGCAAGUUAGCAGAUCAGGUAUUUGCAGAUCUUGACGCCAACGAUGUAAAGUCAUAUGUCCUCGAGAGUUGUCGCCAUAGACUAAUGCGCAGAAAGAUUUUAAUCCCGCCAGAUUCUAUCAAAUACCGCAAAGUCCCACUGGGUCAGCCGGUUGGUCCUCCACCAGAUGAAUCUCAUGACCUAAUUCGUCGGGCCACGAUUGCCCAGAAGCAGCUUUCUCAGUGA